AUGAAAGAUCUGAUUCUAUCAUAUCUACCUCCAGGGAUCUAUCCAUUCUCUCAAUCUCUCUCUCGCUCUCUCUUUCUCUCUCUCUCUCUCUCUAUCUAUCUAUCUAUCUAUCUAUCUAUCUAUCUAUCUAUCUAUCGUUCUGAGUCUUUUCAUAUCCAUCUACGUGGGCUUGAUUCUCUCUCUCUCUUUAUCUAUCUAUCUAUCUAUCUAUCUAUCUAUCUAUCUAUCUAUCUUGGAUCAGUUUAUAUCUGCCCGAAUCUCUACAUAUCUUUCUAUUUAUCUAUCGACCUCAUUCUGUUCAUAUCUAUCUAUUUAUCUAUCGACCUCAUUCUAUUCAUAUCUAUCUAUCUAUCUAUCUAUCUAUCUAUCUAUCUAUCUAUCUAUCUAUCUAUCUAUCUAUCUUGGAUCAGUUUAUAUCUGCCCGAAUCUCUACAUAUCUUUCUAUUUAUCUAUCGACCUCAUUCUUUUCAUAUCUAUCUAUUUAUCUAUCGACCUCAUUCUGUUCAUAUCUAUCUAUCUAUCUAUCUAUCUAUCUAUCUAUCUAUCUAUCUAUCUAUCUAUCUAUCUAUUACAUAUAUAUGGCCAGAAGAUUUAAGCAUGGAACAGACUGUUGUUGCUGGGCGUUGA